AUGCACCCAGCAGCCAGCAGCAUUUCCCCAGAUGAGGAGCCCCUGAUCGAGGAGCCCUCGGUGAACAGGUACAGCCAGCAGAGACCGAGUGACCGCCUGCAUGGGGCCUAUGUGAUUUUUUUCCUCCUGGGCAUCGGGUCCCUGCUGCCCUGGAAUUUUUUCAUCACAGCAAAGCACUACUGGAUGUACAAGCUGCAGAACUGCUCGGACCAGGCAGGCCCAGCAGGACAGGCGGCGUCGGAUCUGCGGGACUUUUUUGAGAGCUACAUCUCCAUCGCUUCGACUGUGCCCUCUGUGCUGUGCCUGAUUGGAAACUUCUUGCUUGUCAACAGGGUGCCUGCCAGUGUCCGGAUCCUGUCCUCCCUCUUUGUCAUGCUGGCUGUCUUCCUGGUGAUCACAGUGCUGGUGAAGGUGGACACCUCCACCUGGACCACCCCAUUCUUUGCCCUCACCGUCGGCUGCGUGGUCGUCGUCAGCAGCGCCUCCACCGUCUUCACCAGCAGCAUCUUUGGGCUGAGCAGCUGCUUCCCCAUGAAGAACUUGCAGGCCCUGAUCUCAGGUCAGGCCAUGGGUGGCACGAUCAGCGCCAUUGCCUCCGUGAUAGACCUGGCGGCGGCGGCCGACGUCACGGACAGCGCCUUGGCCUACUUCCUCACCGCUGACAUCUUCAUCGUCAUCUGCAUCAUGGUGUACCUGCUCCUCCCCAGGCUCCAGUACUCCAGGUACUACCUGAGCAGCCAGGAGGAGAGUCCAUCUCUGGCCACCGGGCCACCCGACAGCUCCGCAGAGGACGAGGCGGAGGGCCCCAGGAGUGCCUCCUUCCUCCCAAGGAACAUCGACGUUCCCCCGCUGCGCCCCAUCCUGCAGAAGACUGCCCUCCUGGGCUUCUGCCUCUUCUAUGUCUUCUUCAUCUCCAUCAUCAUCUUCCCUUCUCUCUCCUCCAACAUCGAGUCAGUCAGCAAGUCCUCGGGAAGCCCCUGGAGCACCAAGUACUUUGUGCCUCUCACCAGCUUCCUCCUCUACAACUUUGCCGACUGGUGUGGGAGGCAGAUCACUGCCUGGAUCCAGUUCCCUGGCCCCAAGAGCAAGCUGCUGCCUGCCCUCAUCCUCCUCAGAACCAUCUUCCUUCCUCUCUUCAUCCUCAGCAACUACCAGCCCCGGGCUCACAUCCGGACGGUGCUCUUCAACCGAGACGUCUACCCAGUGGUCUUCACGGUGCUGUUGGGGCUGAGCAACGGCUACCUGGGGACACUGGUCAUGAUCUACGGCCCCAAGAUCGUGCCUAAAGAGCUGGCCGAGGCAGCAGGGGUGGUGAUGACGUUUUAUGUCGUGCUGGGGCUGGCUGUGGGGUCUGCCUGCUCCGCUCUUGUUGUCCACCUCGUGUAG